GUCAAAUUUAAGAUAUCUUUUGAUAAAUAUUCCACAAAGAAGCGUCGAAAUAUUAAGAAUAAUUAUCAUUAUCUUUGGUGGACGGAAGAUUAAAGCGCGAACCAAAUAAAAAAUAAAGACGACCCUAAACCAUUAUUCAUUGGGUGGAGUUUGCCGCGACGGAAGGUACAGUAGUCGGUCGUGCGUCAUUCCGACGAAUUACGAGAUUCCAGCGAUGCUGUGACGGUUUGAUAUAGAUGAUUUGGAAUGAUUAAACGUCUAAUCCUUUUAGAUAGAAACACUAUUUUUUCAAAUUCUUCAAAAGUGACUUUUUCUGAAUCGGGAUAAUGUUCGCACACAAAAAUCCGAAAAGAUUUGUUUGGCCGCAAUAAUCGAAAUCCUCAGGAGGCUCCGGUUCCCUUUUUACAUGCCGUUCGACGUCGCGGCGUCGACAUUUAGUGUCGUCGUAGACCACGUUGAACCAUCAUCGGCUUCCUUCAAAACCCCACCAGCCGUGUAAAGCUAUCCUUCUUCACCGCUCUCAUAGACCUUCGCUGGACAAAAAAGAAAGAGAGAAGAGCAGAGGAAAAGGAAAGUAUACUCGUAGUUAGUGUGAUAAAAUGAGUACGAAGAUAAAAAGAUGAAGGAAGUAAGAGAAGAUGAUAGACAAGGAAGAUAGAGAAAAUAUAGAAAAUAGGAUAGAAAGCAUAAAAAAGGAAGAAAUAGAGAGAAAGGGAGAGAUAGAAUCAUGGAAUAAAGAAGAAAGAGAGUAAGAAAGAUGGUCACUAUAGUUAGAAGAGGAAGAAAAUGAAAAGGAGAUGGAUUCAAGGAAGAACAGAGAGAAACCGAUGAAAAAGUGGUAACGGGAAGAAGGUAUAAGAGAGAUAGAUAGAAAGAGCGUGAAUCGGAGGUUUCGAGCCGCGCCUCCUACCUUCAGGGCCCAUGUAUCCACGGCUCGGCACUGUUGACGACGCAGCGCCCUAUGGAGGGGGAAAGGGAAUUACGGGGAACGUGGUUUAGGCACGAACGAUCGUCCGUAGUCGUAGUCAGGCCACGAGUCGAGCGAUGUCGUGUGACCGACCUCUUUCGUUGCGACUGUGUUUCUUUCUCUUCCGACGCUAUUACCUGGAUUAAAUUCUGACUGUUAUUCGUUUCAUAAUUAUACGGUUGUGUAUACAAUUAAGUUAAGUGACAAAAAAAUAGUAUACAAGCACAAACAGUUUCAUCUUUGCAUCAAAAGUAUGAUAAACAAAACAUAGAAAAAGAGAUUGGGCGCUGACUGGAUCAUUCUCAGUUUUAAACAUAACACAACCCUUAAAAACACGUGUCCUUAGUUGUGCGUAUCGUACACAUCGAUUAUUGUGUCGUUAGCAGAUGUCGGAUAAGACAGUAUCAGGAAAAUAUGAAUUUCGCGGAAGUGUGUUUGUUUUUCAGUUUCUAAUAGUGUACAGAAAAUUAGGUACAAGCAGAGAACGACGUAUGAUUGUCAGGUGAAAAUAUCGUGCUUAUAUCAUCGAAUGCGACUCAUAUUCUUGGUGUGACAUACGGUUGCUGUUGGGACGCGAAGAAACAGGAAGAAUUUAAUACUUGACGAGUUUGGAAAUAAAAAUAAAAAACAAAGUGGCGAAACAAGAAGCCUGGAAGGAAAGUGUGCGCAGCGUUUGUGGAUGCAUGAGGGUCUCAUGGCUACCGGAUUCGUAAAGUGGUGGCGGGCAAGGUUCCUCGCUGGUUAUAGACCCUUUUCUGUGGUUGGUAAUACGGAAGGCAGCGACUCGGAAGAACUUCUUGGCGGUGUUUCCGCGCCUCGUAGUGGUUCACCACCGGAAUCCCAGCCAAUUUUGUUAGAAACAGAAGCACCGCAGGUCGCGGUUGACGCUUCUACUAGUCCUACGCCGGCCACCGGAAAUGACGAGCAGCCGAGCGCUAGUACAACGAAGCAACUCAGUUUCGAGGAAUUCGAAUGCGACGUUUCGGUAGCGGAGGGCGACCGAAGACGGCAAGAAUUCUCGUUCACCCUGUACGACUUCGACGGCCACGGGAAGAUAACAAAAGACGACAUAGCCGGCCUGGUUACUACCAUUUACGAUACCCUGGGCGCUUCUAUUCAGGUACCUCCGUGCGGCAGUAAGACGAUUAAGGUGAAAUUGACUGUGUCGCCGGAUCAGAGAGGCAGUCAGACGCGAUCGAGCGGCGGCGGCUGUUUGAAUGCGUCCUCAAAGCCGGCUGCUACGAGCUUUUCCGGAAAUUCGUCCUGCUGCCAUUUGAAGCACACGUCCUGCAACAAUGCCGGGACCCAUACCGGCGCACACGGUUUACGUAGAGUUCCUAGAAGGAGAAGGGUGCCACGACACCGUUGCCAGACUGAACAGAAAGAAGUGGAUACUCACAGCGAGGAUGACGGUGAAAAUGCGCGAACGAAUCGAAUAAAACAGGAGGAAUUACGCAGAAGGGUGGGGCCCGUGCCUCAUUUACCAUCACCCUAUUCCAAUAGCUCCGAGGGUGAUAUUAGCGAUGACAGCGAUGUCUCUCCCGCAGUUUCCCCCUUGACGCCUCUCCUCACGACUAAUCAACGAAAACGCAGUGGUGCCCUACAAAGGCAACAGCUCUUAGAAAUUAUUCAAGCGAAUAUGGAAAAGAAUAAUCUCAGUUUUCAUACGUCAAGGAAACGACAUCAGAACGAGCAACUGCGCAUUCCAUCUCAAGUCCCACAUGUCGAGUCUUCGCCUCACUACAAUCAAGACUGUCGUUCACCGACGGAAUCUCGGCCCACGGCGACUGCCUACCAUAAACCUACUCGGGAAAAGCCUCAGGGUUUCACAUCGUUCUCCAAGGUACCUGCAAAGCAUAGGGGGAAUUUGAGAAAGACGCGGGCACAGUACGGUCUUCAGAGGAAUAACGCUACCGUGCAACCGCCGCGUGCGUACGUUCAACCUCAAGUUUUACCAAGAACAGUGAUCAAUCCAAACGUGUACACAGAUCAACAAACCACUAAUGCGAAUCGCAAUGGGAGCAAUCUGAUAUCGAACAAUCAACACCCUAUCAAUCAAACCACGACCAACAAUCAUAAUGUUCAACGUAACGAGACACAAUUUAGCCAAACACAACAAUGUGGUAAGUCGAGCAAGAAGCAUCAUUUGAAACAUGCAACCAGGGAACAGGAUCAAGCCCGAGCCACGAUUCAAGUCGUCCGUUGGUUGGAACGGGAAUUCUCGCAAAAUGCGGCGGCCAGCUCCGGCAGGAAACACGUUCAUGAGCACAUUCAUCAUCAUUAUCAUCAUUAUCACACGGAGGCGCUUGUUUGAUUCGUUCUUCGUUCGAGAAACUUUUGCGCAAAUAUAGUAAAUUGUUUUGGCAAUUGUGUUAAUCCUCGAGCGAUAGGAUGGAGACUGAAUGAUCUGUGUUCUUCCUUCAGAGAUUUUUGUCUGAUUGCUAGCUGCCAGAGAUCUGUUAAUGAUCUUAUAUAAAUUUGUCUACUGGAAAUUUGGAACUAUUUUGUUCUCAUAUUAUAGGUUUUAUAUAUGUCAAUAAUUAUAAAGUAAAUGAGAUCUAUGUUAUAGAAUUUGGACGAGGAACGACUUUUCAUCUAAUCCUAUAACUUGAGGAUUAAAAAACUAAUUCUGAACGUCAAGAUACCAAUUUUGUUAAUUUAUUUUUACUUCUGUAGCGGUUUGUACAUUUUUAUUUGUUCAAAUGUACUGAGUUCCUGCAGUAAAUUUUAAUUCCGGAAUAUUAAGAUAUUCUCUAUGCAAAUGAUGAGAAUCACUGCCACGUUUUAUUUUUUUAAUAAUCAAGAUAUUAUCGAAUUCGAAUGUAGUUGAUCUAUGGCAAACCAAAGCGAGUUUUUAAAAAUAUUUACUUAAAUAGCUUUGGAUCGUCAAUGAUAUCGACUAAGCGGUAUAUCGAGAAGUUUUAUUCUUGAAACGUGUACUAAUCCUGUUUAUAUUUUAACUAUUUAUCAUACAUAAGACAAUCUUUUCUCGUUUUUCUUUUGGAAUUUUAGGAAAAACGAUAACAGAUAUAUAUAUAUAUUUUUCAAUUUAUAAUAAUUACAAACUUAUGGGGAAGUUUUACAAUGAUACCAAUGAUCUAUUACUGUACCGAAGUAUUUACUAUGAAGGCUAUUCUGAAAUUUUUACAUAUUCGUCCUUGACAUUUAUACACGAUAUUGAUUCAUUUUUGUAUAUAAUCGUUUGUAAAAUAAUGACAUUUGACGAUUUAUAAUAUAAUUUUUUACA